AUGAUGGACUCUGAGAAGCUGCCUGCUGUAGGCGCCCUUUCGCGGCAGCUGCAAGCGCUGUCUGGCAGCGGUUGGACCAAUGUUCAGACCCCGGUGCGGCAAGGGUUUGAAGCGGUCGAAACGACGGCGCAUGGCCUCGCCGACCAGCUGGCGGCAUCUAGAAGCGAGUUGAGGCGGCUUGAAGCGCGUCUCGUGGGCAUGGAAGACAUGCUCUCUCGACGUAUGGACAGCCACGCUAGGAGCACAAGGGAGGAAGUGGAUGUCUUGAGGUCUGCUCUUGACCGUGUUCCGAGGCUUGGGGAUUUGCAGUCGACGGCGAGCGAGGCUUGCAGGACGCUAGAGUCGGAGGUGACUAAGAGGACGCGAGAGCUGGAGCUGUCUGUGGCGGAGGUUCGCGAGGAGAGCAGGAAGGGGGUGGAAGCCGCGCGGCAGGCGGCGGCGGGAAAGGCGGGGCUCUCGGACCUGGAGGCUGCCACUCGAACGGACUUACAAGACUUGGAGAACCGCUUGGCGAGAAUGGCAGACAGAGAAGCGCUCGACGGCGACCUGGCCACCAAGGUGUCUUGGGUGGACUUUGAGCGGCUCCUUCGCGACAAGGCGGACGCCAGCGCGCUGUCAGAGCUGGAUGCCAACUGCGCCACUUCUGCGGCAUUGGAGAGGGUGGAGAUCGGCCUGACGAGGGCUGCGGGUAUGGAAGAGGUUCGAGCUUUCGUGGAGAAGCAAACAGGGGACGUGCAAGCCAUGUCCCCGGCCCUGGAGCGCCUUCUCACGGCGAGAGCUCGCGAGGAGAGAGAGGCGGCGGAGAGGAGCCCCGCCUCACCAGUGACGCGGGGCGAGCUCCCGGGCCUAGUUCGGGCAUGCCUUCGCGGUCUCAGAGACGGCCGCGAUGGCGGCGGAGGGGAGGAUGACGGUUUUUCCCCUUCGGGGAUCUCCGCCUCGCAGGUUCAGGCGGCGGUGUCGGCGGGCCGAGAGAGCACACUCCGCACGGUGGAGGCGCAGCUUGCGCGUGCUCGCGGCGCCCAGCAAGAGGAAUUACUCUCUCAGGUGAAACGGCUGCGGCUGGAGCUGGACGAGAGCGUCAGCCGCGUUCGGGCACGAGCGGAGGGGCUCGGCAAGGGCUUGGACCAGGCCAAGGAAGAGCUCGUGUCCCUCCUCAACGCCAAGGCGUACAAGGCAGACGUGUCCCUGUUGCUUCAGGGGAAGGCGGACAGCAAGGACUUGCACAGCCUCGCAGCUCUCGUCCAGACCAAGGUGGACGGAUCAGAUCACCGCGAAACCUCUGCGAGAACGGUUCACUCGCUGACGGCACUUUCCGGCGAGGUUUGCGGGCUAAGGGGGGAGCUGAGGCUUGACGUUGAAAGGCUCUCCAGCCGUCUCUUGGCCAAGGCCGAUUCUGACGACCUGAUAGCGGUAAAGAAGACCGUCACCGGGGCGGCGGCGGCAGCGGUCGAAGCGGCGACAGCAUCAGCGAAGGCCACGGCCGCAGCAACGAUAGCGACUGGCGGGGCCUCCCCGGACCUCAUGGCCUCGACGUCGUCACCUCCUCCAGCCAACCUCGGUAACGCGUCGUCGCUCCUUCGGCCUAGGAACGGCGACCGGAACGGCGACCGGAACGGCGGUGGUGAGGCCGGCGGCGACGGCAGGGGUGGCGGCGGCGAUCAUCCUUCCACCUCUCACUCCCAAGGAGCAGUCGGCGCUGUUCAGUAUGGUAGCGGCAAGGAACGGGGGGCCGAUUCACUGCCGAGUCGGGGAGGGGGCGGUCUGAGCAGGGAGGAGGCCAGGCUGCUGAUCAGGGCAGAGCUGAAGCGCGCGGGCAUCUCAGACAAGAUAACCCGCGAAGAGGCUUCCGUACAAGCGGAAGAGUGCGCCGCUAGAGCGCUGGCUUCGGCUACCACAACCGCGGACGGGCUGGACCGGCGCAUUAGCAACAUAAACCACCGGCUCCAGAGGUCGACGGUGGCGGUAAGCCAGCCGCACGUAGAGCGUCUCUUUGCCGCGCAGUCCAACCUCGAGCUGAGGGUGGCCCGAUCCCUCAGUCUCGGACGCUGGCUCUGGCGAGGCGUCAAUUUUUCGGCGGCGUACGCGGCCGCGGUAGCAGCGGCAACUGGGAACAGCGUGGGAAACAACGGCGCCGGCAUCACCGGCGACGGUGGAGGCCUCUCUUCGGCUGGGAUCCCGCUUCCCGGCGGUUCCCAGGUGGACGGCGCUGGUGGUGGUGGCGGUGGCGGCGGCGGCGGCGGCGGCCGCGGUGGCGGGAUAUGGGUGCCGUGGGAGGCGGAGGCGGCGAACGCGUCCCCCGAGCGCUUGAAGUGGACACCCGGAUGUGCAAGCGUGACCGCCGUGGUGCCGGGACUGUACCUCCUCUCCUGCGGCUUCUUUUCUCAGAUCCCCUUCGUGGCGACGCCCCGUCCCAACGCCGCUCCGCACCGCUUCUACGCCCAGGUAUACCUGAACGGGGACCCCGUCUACAGCUUUUCCUCACGCCGGAGGGAGCCCUUGGCAGCGGCGUCUGGAGAACAUGAUGAUGCUCACAAACCGGUCUCCGCCGUCGCCCGCCCCCCCGCCGACGGCAAAGAAGCUUAUGGGGAUCCGACCCGUUGCCGGUACAAGCACCCGGCGGGAGAAGUGCUGGCGAGUUCUGCUCGGGAGUACUUGGCGUGCCCCGCGGGCGGGGUGGUGUCCGUCAAGUUCGAGAUAUUCGUCGGCGAAAUCAGCGAUGGAAGGCCAAGGUCUGGGGUUCUUGGAGGACACGGGCGCGUCGUUCGUGAUCGUGUUGUAGCGGCUGGGAUCGGGGAGGCGCCGAAAGAAGGCCCGCAUGGAGGUGCCUGUUGUCAUGGAAGGUCGGGGGAACCGGCGGGGGGGGGGUGCUUGGAAGACUUUCCUCGGCCCCAGGGGUUCCUGGAGAUACAAAAACUGUGA